AUGACUAAAUACAUCCGUUAAAUUUAACUAUGGUUUGAACGCGGGGGGUUAUCCUUUCAUUUCCAGUCAUGAAACGCAAGAUUUAGCUCGCCUCGACAAUGCCUAAUAUCUGAGAGCCUUAUGUGAAAAGAUGAGAAUGAAACUGUAUGAGAAAAAAAUAACAAGCAACUGUUACUAUCUCUAAAAUAUUAUUGUUGUUUUACACAUAAUCAUAAAAUGAAUUGAGCCUAAAUUGUGUUUGUUAAAAUCAGGAGACACACUGCUCUAGAAUGCCAAAGUAUUGUUUACUAAUUUCGUAAAGUGUUGGUUCCGGUUAAUGGCUGUGGUUGGAUAUUUGGUCGCUGCUCUUGCUACUUGUAACCGAAGAGGCUUGUCACGUCAUAUUUGCAAUACCGUUAUGGCUUCGUUGCUCGUUCCACCAACGUCGGUGAGAGGAAUGACAAAGCUGGAUCGUAGCAAGUUCACAACAAUAGUAGAAUUGCCUGUGAUACGGCUGGGUAAAGCGAACCUUGCCAGAGUAAUGCCUGCGUUGAAAAAGUACAUGUUGAAGAUGCAAAAAUUCAAGCCAAUCCAAAAGUAUGACGACGCCGAUGACGAUGGAGGCAAAAUAGCUUAUCUGGAUCCAGUCAAAGUCCAGAAUUUUGAAGACAUUGAUGAAUCAGACCAAAAGCUGCUCAGUGAUAACGAUGUAACCGAUUUUUUCAAGAAGCGUGUCUCUCUCAAUUAUGAUAACUGGCCUUACGACCAAGUCUUGAAAGCAGUUUUUCCAGAGGGAGCAGAGGUCCCUAAUUCUUACAGCAAAAUUGGCCACCUUGUGCACCUUAACUUGCGAGAUAGUCAACUACCGCAAAAGCAUCUAAUCGGCCAAGUAUUACUGGAUAAAAUAUCCAACACUAAAACAGUGGUCAACAAAUUAAAUACGAUUGAUACGACGUAUCGACAUUUUGCCAUGGAAGUAUUAGCUGGGGACAAGGACACAAUGGUCACCGUAUCCGAACACGGGUUUCAGUACAAGUUUGAUUUUGCCACGGUUUAUUGGAAUCCUCGUUUGGCGACCGAGCACCAGGCUCUAGUGUCAUUCAUCAAACCUCACGACGUGCUUUACGACGUUUUCGCGGGUGUUGGUCCAUUUGCUAUUCCAGCUGGGUGUAAGGGAAACCGAGUUAUGGCCAAUGAUUUAAAUCCUGAAUCUUAUAGGUGGCUGAUAGAGAAUGCCAAGUUGAACAAGACUCGUGGUAACGUAACAGCAUUCAACAAAGAUGGGAGGGAGUUUCUAAAGGUCGAAGUUAAGAACGAUAUAUUAAAGAGACGGGACAUUGGAACCGAAGGCUCUGAGCACAUUGCGAUGAAUCUUCCAGGUAUGGCUGUCGAAUUCUUGGAUGUAUUCGCAGAUUGGUUCAACAGAGAAGAAGCAGAAAAAGUCUGCAGAAAACCCCCCAUUGUUCACCUUUACUGCUUUGUGAAGCUGGGGAAAGAUGGAGACCCUCAUGCUCUUGCCAAACUGCUUGUCGAGGAAAAACUUGGCCAUACCUUGACCCCAGAGUCCUUACUAACUAUACACCAUGUUCGAAAUGUUUCCCCCAACAAGGAAAUGAUGAGAGUGUCCUUUAUGUUGAUUAGCGAUAUUUUGAUUGGAUACAAACCAGUGGCUAAAAAGUUAAAAAUUGAUAAUACAGAUUUAUUUCUUGAUGAAAAUGUUAUAGGAAAAGAUGGGAAAGAACAAGGCACACCACAAGACCAAAAAUGUGUUCAAGGUAGCCGGAGCUCGUAG